AUGAUCAUUUUAAAAUACAUCAUCAAAAAAUAGAAAAGGAUCAUUUUUUAUCAUUACCAAAUAUUUCCUUUUGAUAUAGUUUUAAUAAAAAUGGGACAAUUUUCAAAAACAAUUAAAUAUUUUGAAAAUUUAUUAAAUCAAACAACAUUAAAUGAUAAUGAACGUUAUGGAAUUUUAGCGUAUAAAUCGGAUGCUUACAAUAGUAAUCAGGAAUUUGAUUUAGGUUUAAAAUAUAGUGUCUCUGAAUUUAAUAUGCAAACCAAUUUAUAUCAAGGAUCAUGGAUAUUACCAUUUAAAUUAAUGUCGUUAGCACAAAUACAUUUUGCUCAAGAUAAUUAUGAUCUAGCACUUGAAUCGUAUAAAUUUGCAUUAAAAUUAUUUGAUAAUGAAAAUAAUUUUAAACGACCAGCUAUUAUUCAUUCAAAUAUUGGUCAAAUUCAUUAUUUAAAAAUUGAUUUUUUCUCUGCAUUAAAACAUUUUCAACAAUCAUUAGAAAUAUUUAUGGAAUUACAUUCUGAAAAUUUUGAUGAAAUUAUUAGUUUAAAUUAUCAUAUAGCUAUUCAACAUUUAAAAGAAUUACAAUUUGAUGAAAAAAACAUAAAUAGUUUAUUAAGUGUAUCAACAAUUGGUGAAUGUGAAACUAUAAUAAAUAAACGUUAG